AAAGAGUAAAUGAGCGCAUACUCUUCAGCCUUCUCGUACAACCCAACCCGUCGAGCUCGCGGCCGCCGCCACCGCCUUCUGAUCUUGCUUUUAUCCGUUCAAAUUUCUUUCAGGAGAAGCAUAGUUCGCAGAUAUAUCCGUAAAGCUCCCAGCUGUUUUGGCAUCUUCUCAAUCGCCCAAAACGAUGGGGGAAGUCAUGCUAGGCAUGCCAGGACUUUGGGCUGAUGAUAAUUCUGAAGCAGCUGAUCAUUAUACAACCAAAAUUGGUGGAGUUCCUGAUUGGCCUUUUCUCCAUUCGAUUAUAAAACCUGAUCUUCUUAAGUGUGAUUCAUGUGGAGAGAAACUAUGUCUUGUGGCUCAGAUUUAUGCUCCUAUUUCCAGUACAACAAUGACAACAGAAGAGCGUGUUAUUUACAUAUUUUCUUGCAUUGCAACAGCUUGUGAAACCAAGAGAUGGCGUGCUCUUCGUGUUCAGAGAUCUUCCACUGAUAAAGAUUCAAACCCUUCAUCCCAUGAUUCUGUUGCAUCACCAUCAGCCACUAAGUUGCAAGAUGAUCCAUGGGCAUUCAAUGAUGAAGAAGAAGAUGAUGAUGAUGAAAUAGAUCUUGAUGCCAUAUGUAAGGCCCUUAAUGAAGCCACAACAUUAGCUUCAGCUUCCAAAACGAAAAAGCAGAAUACUUUAUCAGAUUCAAUUGAAAACCCCUCACCUAUAAGCCUAAGUAGAUCCACUGAUGACAAGACACCAGUGUUACCAUGCUUUUAUAUAUAUCCUAAGGAGGAAAAUUAUUUAGAGGAUGCUGCUGCUCUCAAUAAGAGUGAAUCUAAACAUAAAAUCGAAGAGAAGAAAGAUGAUGAUAAUGAUGAGAAAGAAUCAUGGAUAGGGGAAAGUUAUGAGUAUGAUAGAACCCUACAUGCUGACAAAACUUAUCUUAAAUUCAAGAAACGAUUGGAUGUGUAUCCAGAGCAUUGUUUCAGAUACUCAUAUGGUGGGAAGCCACUUUUGGCAAGUUCAGAAGCAGGGGAUCCUGGAAGAUGUUUGUUGUGUGGUGAAAUAAGGCACUAUGAAAUGCAGCUUAUGCCUCCAUUGUUAUAUUUUCUACAGGAAGCAUCAAAGAAUCAGUCAUUGGAAAAUUGGGAUUGGACAAGUGUAAUUGUGUAUACUUGUUCUAAGGGAUGUGCACCUUCUUUGAAGCAGGAAUGUAAUGGGUGGAUUGUGGCUGAAGAGGUCUUGGUCAUACAAACAGAGUAGAAGUCAACUUUUAUGUUGACCAUACCAAAUCGUUUCGUUUGAUAAAUUUAUAUGAAAAAUUGUCUCCUUUUGUAUAGAUAGUUGAAAAUUUAUAUUGUUAACAUUUCUCUACCAUGUAUUGUGCUUUUAUUUUACCAUUGACCUCAUAAUACUUAAACUUAAGACUUACCACA